UUUUUAGCUGUGUCCCUUCCUUCAUUCAGUACCUGUUUUGUGGGAUUAACAUGACUUAAAAUUCAAUCAGCCUACAGCCUGACGGAAGAGCGACAGAGGAGGCAGACAGAGCGCUGCAGCUGUCGAGACCGAGUGAGGGGACGACCAACGGGAGGAGAGAGAGAGACAGAGGGGGAUAGAGUAGAGAGAGAGAGAUGAGUGUUUUUCCACGGAGCUGAGAUAGAGCGCAAGCUGUGGAGACAGAAAUGUGACGGCUCCAAGAGUCGUGGUGGAAUGAUCCGGAAAACAAGGUUUUAGCCAUCCCUCCAGCUUACUCCCAAACCUCCUUCUCUGCACCUCCUUCCAAGGUCAUCAAUGAACGACUAACUCAGUGUCUGUGGAUAUCCAGGCGUUCUACCAUGCCUGUCCCCCCACCCCUGAAUCCCUGCAGACAAAAAAACCUGCCCCACACACACCUCCAACCCGAGCAAAGGGCAGAACGUUCUACCUUUCCCUCCCUUUUCCCUCCAUCCAUCCUCUCUCUCUCGCUUCUCCACCCUCCACUCAUCUCAUCUUUGCCAUCCUCCUCCAAUCUCAUCCACUGUGCCUGCCCCAGGGCUACGAAAAGAACCCUUCCUGACUCUGUCCCUUUCCCAGCGUUUCACUGGCUGACUCUGGUCACAUGCUGCCUGCUGCCAUCUCUGAUUGGAGCAGGGGAGACGUGGGGCGUGGUCUCGGCCUGUCCCUUCCACUGCGUGUGUCGAAACCUUUCAGAGUCGCUCAGCACACUCUGUGCCGACAAGGGCCUCCUGUUCGUCCCCCCGCACGUUGACCGGCGCACUGUCGAGCUGCGACUGGCUGACAACUUCAUCACGGAGGUGGGUGGGAGUGACUUUGUCAACAUGAGCGGCUUGGUUGAUUUGACUUUGUCGAGGAACACCAUCCACCUGAUUCGACCAAUGGCCUUUGCCGACCUGGAGAGUUUGCGCUCGCUGCAUCUGGAUGGUAAUCGCUUGACUACACUUGGACCAAGGGACCUCGCAGGUUUGGUUAAUCUGCAACAUUUGAUCAUCAACAACAACCAGCUGGUUAAGGUUUCUGCCCAGGCUUUUGAUGACUUCCUGCUUACAUUGGAGGACCUCGACCUCUCCUACAAUAACCUCAGGAGGGUACCAUGGGAGUCCAUUCAGAACAUGGCCAGUCUGCACACUUUGAACUUGGAUCAUAACCUGAUAGACCACAUAGCGGAAGGAGUUUUUGGAGAGCUGUAUAAGCUUGCAAGACUGGAUAUGACCUCCAACAGGCUCCGAACCCUGCCUCCUGAUCCCCUCUUUGCAAGGUCCCAGACUGGUGCAAUAAGUCCCACACCCUACAAUGCUGUCAUAAGUCUAAAUUUUGGGGGGAACCCGCUGCACUGCAACUGUGAGCUGCUGUGGUUACGUCGGCUUAUCCGUGGAGAUGACAUGGAGACGUGUGCCACACCUGCUCACCUGGCUGGAAGAUAUUUCUGGUCAAUUCCUGAAGAGGAGUUUACUUGUGAACCACCUCUUAUCACCCGUCACACUCACAAGCUGUGGGUCUUGGAGGGUCAGCGAGCCACGCUAAAGUGCCGUGCCAUUGGCGACCCUGAGCCAGUUGUCCACUGGGUUUCACCAGAUGACCGCAUCAUUGCAAACUCAUCUCGGACCAGCUCCUUCAGCAAUGGGACCUUGGAUAUCUUAGUAACGGUCGCCCGGGAUGAUGGGGCAUACACAUGUAUUGCAAUAAAUGCAGCAGGGGAAGCUACUGCUACUGUGGACCUGAAAAUAAUCCCCCUGCCUCACCGGGGAGGAGCAGGUGAAAACACAGGGAACACCAAGAACAACAGGAAUGUGACCAGUGGGAUUUUACGGACUGAUCCAGGUUCCUCGGAUAUCAGCACAGGGAAAAAUGGAGGGAUUAACAAUGGUGUAGGACGUGGAGGAGAAGUGGAGGAUGGGAGAAGAAGUGGAGGGGAAGAUGAAGAGGGUGAUAGCGGGAGGGCCCCCGAAGGAGAGAGAGCUGAAGGAGGGAGCAUGGAGGAUGAUGAAGGGGACGACGAGGAAGGGAGGAUGGUUGGAGUACAAGGGGUUACGUCAACCUCGGCUCAGGUCCGAUGGGAUUUGGGGCGUUUGUCUGCAACUUACGUUGUCUGGAUGUAUCAGAUACAGUACAACUGCACUGCAGACGAGACCCUCAUCUACAGAAUUCUACCAUCGACCAGUGACCGUUUCCUGUUGAAGAACUUGGUUUCUGGUGUGGACUAUAACCUGUGUGUGCUAGCCAUUUUUGAUGACACAAUCACGUCAUUGGCAGCAACAAAAGUCCUGGGCUGUACAACGUUCUCCACCAAGGAUGUUUACCCAGCAUGCCGCUCUCUCCAGGCCCACUUUCUGGGUGGGACACUUACCAUCCUGGUUGGCGGUAUUGUUGUGGUCACCCUACUUGUGUUCACUGUGGCGCUCAUGGUUCGCCACCGUGUUUGCAAUCAUGGCGACCACCUAAUAUGUCACAACAGCAACACUGAGGCAGGAGGUGGGUCCUGCUGUCAAGGUGGAGGUGUGGGGGGUGGGGACAAAGGGGGAAACGGUAGCGGGUGCUACCAAUCAAAUGGUUCUGGGGACAUGAUGAUGGUGGUCCUCCCCAACGGUCUGCCUUCCAAAAGAGGAGGGGAGAAGGAGAAGGAAAAGGAGAAGGAAAAGGAAGCAGCUGAUUCUGUUUCCUCUCUGCCUCCAAAACUCCCUCCAAAGCCCAGGCCCAAGCCUAAAGUCAACCUGGAGCAGUUUCUUUCAGCUGGGGGGGUAGUUUCCACGAUGACAGGGGCAGGGGGUGAGAUGGCAUUGGUGGUGAGGCAGAGGAAGCUGGAGAAGGCCCUGCCGUACAACCCUGAAAGUGACAGAACUCCCCUCUACUACUCCCCUUCCCCUCCAUCCACCCUGCCCCGUCAGUCACGCUCUAGGGACCGCCCAAAACCCCGUCUGGAGCGAGAACUGACCAAUCGUGCCAGUUUCUCUCUGGCUGAGAGACCCCUGAGAGACUCAGAGGUGUUGGACUGGAGAAUCACUCCCCGAGGCAGGGACAAAUGGAACUCCUCACAGGCUUAUCAGAGUCCUGUAUCCCCACUAAGUCCUGCCUGCGGGACCGUUAGCAAACGGCGGCACUCAUUGGAUAUGGGCUCCUCUGUUGCCCUUGCGACUGAUGCUGCGGCAACUGUUGCCAAGCGCUACGGUGCUGUCAGUUACGCCAAGCGGCUGAGUGUGAUCUGGACGAGGCGGAGCCAGUCCCUUCAUGGAAUGCUGGUGCAGUGUGCCUCAACGACAAGCACAACAUCUUCAACAACCAGCGACGAGGGCGAAGGUGGCGGGAGCUUGGGAGCACGCUGCGAGUUCAAACAGGGAUACAUCCACGCUUAUAACACCACCAACUCCAACUCUAACACAGGGACCACUACUGGGAAAGCGGGCAGUGUAAAAGACAGGGGGAGGGAGAAAGGGAAGGACGGAAGGAACGCUGAAGAAUUGGAGGAAAGUGUUGUGUAGGGGGUAAUGGAACAUAAUUUUUAAAAAAAGUUAAGAGGGAUAAAGGGUUCUUUGAGAGGACAGUUUGAAUGGGAUCUUGAUUUGAGGAGGGUAAAGUGGUAGAACAGGGAAGAUGAAGUGAUUGCAGAUGAGGAUGGGAAGGUUGUGAGUUCAGAGGGAGGGAGAACAAUAAAACUGAUUUGUCUUACUUGUGCAGCUCCUUGAUUUGACCCUGGGGGGGGGGGGGUCAAGAAAAGUCGGGAGGAGAGGGGAAAGUGUACCUGGAAGUGAGGUGGAGAUUUUUAAGAGGCUCUUUGUAGCUGACCUGAAGAGUGAUAGGUGGAAAAAUAAGCGAGGACAGAGGGCUGACAGGAAAAGGGGGUGAGUGGGAGAAACAUAAUGUGUGGCAGUUUUAAAAAUGGUCUUUAAAUACCCAAUGCUGAGCUAAAGCUGUAUCAGUAAAAAAAUGACUGAUACAAGAUAGAAAAAUAAAGUAGUAACACAAAAACAAAACUCAGAAAAAUCUAGGCAGAGAAAGUGACAGUUGUUCGAUGAGACAAUGUGAGUGCUGAGACUUAAUCAAAGAGUGGAAAACAUCAAUUGAGCAACAAAAUGAAGGUUAUAUAGCGCAGAGAGAUGGCGUGAGCUCAACGUGGAUUUUCAGGAAAGCCUAUACACUAAUAGAAGCAGACUCUUGCUAACACUUCAAGUGUCCAGGGUCCCAUCCAUCACAGCAGCACAAGGGUUUACAUUGGAUCAAAAACAUCAAUACAACCAGUUAUACUGGAGAAAUUCUUUUGUCUGACAAAAAAACAACAGUAAAAAAUUUUUCGAUGACACAGCCCUGCUUUGUUAUCUUGUUUUUUGACUCUAACACUGAUGGCCAUUUUGAAACUAUUUUCCAAAACACAAUGAAUGUGACUUUUAUUUGUCCUCUGUGGCUGGACAAUGAUUUUGGCUUGACAUGCCUGCGGAUUAUGUGAGCACAAAUACAGAGCCGGGUGCACUGGACAUGAUCAAUCGAUAUGGGCUGGAGAAAGAGAGUGGAGCACAAACAUUAUUAAAAGAAAGACAUUGGGAUUACAAUGGAGUCGAUAUGGAUUACAAAAUGGAGGAGGGGGGUGUAUGAUGGAACAUGUGCGUGUGUGCAUUUCUGAAAGACAACAUCAUAUUGGAUGUCAAAUAAUAAUGGACCAAACAAAUGAAUAACGCUAAUGGAUGCAUAAAUGUGCAUGCACUGAUGGAUCAGGGACAGGAUGUGUGUAUGUGUGCCUGUGUGUGUAUUUGUGUGCGCACAUGUAUAUGAAUGUUUGUGAGGGGCAAUCCAGUCAAACAGACUCCAUUCAUGUUUAAAAAGGUUUAGUGCUUUCUGGACAUGCUGUAAAAGGAAUAAAUCUAAAAAUUUGAGAUUAGAGGUGAUCAAAACACCCAAAACGAAGUAAAACGUGUCACCAAAACCCGAAUAAAUCACUAUGUCAAGCAAUGUAGCAUGGUCAGAAAGCAGCAAUCAUUAAGGGGGAAUCAAAAUUUCAAAUUCAUUUUGUGACUUCAGGCUCCUUUGUGCCACAUGGAUUCACUUUAAAUCCACACAGUGAAUGUUUUCAGAAAGGAACCAGUUUAAAAAACAUGAAGCCACUAACAAUUUAAACUCUUCACUGGAAGACUUUGUAAAACUUGUAAUGGGACAACUGAUCCAUUCACACAGACCACAGAGACUCUUAAAAACAUCUAUAAAUGAGAAAAAAA